AUGUCACCAGCAGACAAGCCAUGUUGUGAGCAGAAGAAUGACCUGGAGAUCCUGCUACUCAUCCAUGUGGUGCUUGCCAUCUCUGCAUCAUAUUUCUGGAGAGUGUUAAAAGAUACUUUGCACCUGACUGACUUACAAGCAGCAGACUUUGAGCAGAAAGCCUUCUUUAGUGACGCCUGUAGGAGGGACUACUGUUUCAGUGCAAACCCUCAGCAGCAGCAGAGGGAUGCCAGUGGAGUGAAGCCCGGGGAAGAAUACAUGCACCAGGCCUUUUUUGAGAUCUGGUACAGCUUCUACUUCCCUUGGAUGCCUUCAACCAGUACGGAGGCUGAGCUGGUGGGCACAGAGACGGUGGGCCCAGAGCCUGUGUGCAUAGCGAUGGACGGUGGACACAGCCUCAGGAUGGACGUUACUGUACGAGAGCUCAUGGAGCUCUUUCUGCAGAGCACGCUGGUGGCGGGGGUGACCCGCCACCAGGAGACCCUGUUUAACUUGCAGAGGUUGGAGGCCCCAGACAUGGCCCUGGAGGAGCUGGAGUUUCUCUCCAGCAACAUGACCUGUCGCCUCAGGAGGCUCUUAAUUGAGCAAGACAGUUACAGGGAGCUGGUCGUGACCAUGACCCAGGAGUGGAACACCAGCAGCCGCCCCAGCGAGGACACGCAGCCCCUGGCCGUGGAGCUGGCGGACACCAAGGCCACGCUACGCCGAGUCAGGCAGGAGCUGGAGGAGAAGACGAAGCAGCUGGCGGACGCCAGGCAUCAGUUGUACCAGCUGGUGCUGGUGCUGCAGGAGGCCCGGCGCAAUUGUCUGGCCUUGCUCACCACAUCUCCGUAUGGAGACUUGGGCACCAUGACUCAGGUGCCGACUGGAGACGAAUAUUUUUCCAUGGACACCGAGGGCCAUCUCCAGGACCAUUGGAUUUGGUAUUGGAUUGAUAAGCUAUUCGAGCGGGAGGAGGAGAAUGUGCAGCUGAAAUCGAGGCUGCACCACCUACAAUUGGCCCGGGACACAGACCAGAAAUGCCUUGAGGAGCUGCGGGAAGAGAUCAUGGCCCUCAAGACUGCACAAGGGCAGAGUGUGGAGGAGUCCGCCCACCUGCACUGGGAGCUGGAGCAGCUGUCAGAGGAAGCUGAGGCCCCUGGAAUAUGGGCUCUGACUCCACUUUGCUCUUCAGCCUCCAGCUGCUUCCUGAAGCUGGACAAGGAGAAGCAGAGCCGCCAGGACACCGUCCAGGGGCUGCGCGACGCCUCCCUGGCCCUGCAGGAGAGCAGCCUCCAGCGCCAGGAGCUGGAGAAGGAGAACCAGCAGCUCAGAAAGCAGAUUGAAGACUGGCAAGUCCAGAUGGAAAGAGAAAAGCAGACCAGCCGGGAUCUGGCGACUCUCUGUGAGGAGCUGGUGGAGGAGAGAGAACAGCUGCUCCGUGACAUCGAGACCCUGAAGGCUGAGGAAGCCCAGGAGGCCUACACUUUAGGUCUCCAAUUUGGACCGAAAUCACGCCUGUGUCAUUUCCAUUGUGUUUUCCUGCAGUUCAAGGAUCUUAAACAACUGGUGCGUUCACUGCGGGAUAGUUCACAGACCAGCAGCAAGGCCCGCAUGAAGGGCCAGAAGACUGAGAAAAAAGUGCUCCUCCAGACGGUGACGGACACCAAAAGGAAAGUGACCAUGAUGGAGUGGGAGCGGCGGCAGCUGUGCCGGGACCUGGAGCAGGUGAAGGCGCAGGCGGCGCAGGCACAGGAGCUGGAGCACAGGAAGGAGCUGCAUCGCCUGCAGGAGGAGAUCGAGAAGCUGGCCAUGGAGGUCAGCGCCCUGACGACAGCCCCCGAGAGGGUCCACGCCCUCGAGCGGGAGAGCCCGGACCUGUUGCUGGAGAACCAGAGGCUGCAGACGUCUCUGGACACCCUGCAGCCCGAGGGCCUGGAGCAGGACAAGCAGCUGGACACCAGGGUGGAAAAUUCCACUCUGAGCUCCCAGAGCGCCUCGCUCACUGCGCUCACAGAGCAGAACACGCAGCUCCAGCACCAGCAGCUGGCGGCAGCCCACAAGGCCCUGCAGCAGGAACACGCGUGCCUGGGCGCGCUCCACGAGCACCUGACUAGGGAGCACGAGGCCCUUCUGGACAAGUACUGCCGCCAGAAGACACUGCUGAGUCGGACCCUGAAGCUGGAGAGCAAGGCUCUCAGUGACAGAUACAAGGACCAGCUCCAACAUAAGGCGGCGCUGGAGCAGCUGGGGACGCUCUUGACCACUGAGCGGGAGGCUCUGCAGCAGGAGCAGAGGACGAGCACCAUGGCCGCCGAGGAGAACCAGAGGCUGCAGAGAGAGCUGGACAGGGCCAAUUCCCUGCACCAGCAGCUGAAAGGGGAGCAGGAGGAGCUGCAGACCCACACUAAGAAGCUGCAGACCUCCCUGAACGACACCCAGCUGCAGGUGAACUGCUGGCAGAACCAGUGCAACUGGCUGAGGGAGGAGCUCCAGAGCACGGACAGCUCACUGACCGAGCUGGACAACCGCUGCCAGCUGGUCUCCCGCCUCAAGGGCAACUUGGAGGGAGAAAAACGUGACCUGCAGAGCCAAAUCCAAAGGCUGAAAGAGCAGAACCAGAGGCUUCUCCAGGAGGACAUGGAGGACAAGGACCAGCACCAGGAGGAGCAGCAGCAGUACGUAGACAAAUUCAAUGCCUUACAGAGACAAAAUGAAAAACUGGAAGAAAAAAGCAUGGCUCAGCACAAGUUCCAUGAUCCAGCGCCAAAGAAGAAAAAGCACUGGAUUGGAGCCAAAGUCUUAGUCAAACUCAUCAAACUAAAGAAAGGGGGAUCCAGAGAACGACCAAAGUCAACCCCACAGAGGCCUCCCUGGCCGCUGGGGUCCUCAGACCAGGCCUCGCCCAGUACUUCUCAGCCUCUUCAAUCGCAGCUGGAACCCCUCGAGGCCACCCCAUGCUGCUCAAAGGGGACAGAAGAGCAAGACACCUGCAGGGGGCCCAGGGGAAAAGGCCCUGGGGACCCAAUACCAAAGGGAGUGGCCCCACACAGAGGCAGCCUUGACCGCACUCGAGGAGAUGCCUCCGCUGACCCAGCCACCAAGCCCCGGCCAUCAGAGCUGGGCUCCGGGGCCUGUUCAUCCUCAGCCAUCACUACAGCUCCUUCCACCUCCACCUCCACUUCCCGGCACCCAGGCCGCACCCACGGUUCUCUGGAGCGGGGGAUGGAGGUGGAGGGAAAGCUGCAGCGGCAGCGGAGUCCCUGUGACCGACUCUGCUGUGGCCCCGGGGGCGCAGCCGGGCCCCGCGCCUCACGCGUCCCGAGUGACUCAGGCGAGGCCUGGUUGGUGGCGCUUCUGAUUGCCGCGUGUCCCUAA